AGCACGACUCCGACCAGGGCUACCUUGGUCUGGUGCGGCCCGCCGAUGGGGCCAGCUCCAAGGCAACCAGCCACGGGUCAUCGAGCGACCUGCAGGCGCCGUGUCCGGGCGGCUCAUACCAGCCGUCGCGACGGCAGGGCUCCACGCCCCGCACACUCAACGCGCCGGCGCCGGCGCCGGGCCGCGGCUGCUCGUCUUCCUCAGCCCCUCCCGACAACGGAGGAGGGAAUCCUUUUGACUUUUCUCCGAGAGCAGUUGAGAGGCUUGGUCCUCAGGGACCAGACAGCAAAGAGAAAAGUCCUGCCCGGGACUUUUUCAGGAGCUUUAGCAUGCGGAGGCGGUCAGCGAAACAGAAGGCCUCCAGCGCGGAGGCCGAGCCGGCGUCGUAUGACCCUAACGCUCCCUCCAGUCCCGUGCACAAUCGCCGACUGCUCUCGGCCAAGGCUAUGCGGAUGUCGUCUCUGGACCUGCCGGACGAGAACGAGAAGUCGCAGAGCUCUGCCUCCACCUCGCCCUGUCCGUCCCCGCAAAAGCCGCACCGCCUGCUGCCCACAAGCCUGUACGUUGUGCUGUACAACUUCUCGUCUCGGCACCAGGACGAGCUGGAUCUGAAGGCCGGCUACAAGCUGACGGUGAUCGACACAUCCGACCUGGACUGGUGGAAGGGCAAGUGUCUGGGCAAGGUGGGCUUCUUCCCCUCUAAGUACAUCACCAAGCUGCAGCCGGGCGAGCGGCCCCUUCAGGUCACGCACAACCUGCAGGUGUCGGACGGGCAGGACGGCCUGCGUCUGCUCCGGGAUCAGAUCGUGAUCCAGAUCGGGGAGGAGGUGGACGGCAUGAUCAUGAUCCGGGACGGCGAGAACCGGCAGGGCGCCUGCCCACUGAAAUACCUGACGGAGGUGUGACCCCGCCCGGAGGCACCUCGUCGCGAGGCCGGCCGCCCGCGGCGCGCCGGGGCCCCGGCCUCCGCUGGCGCACUCCCGCGGAUGUGCGUCCAUGUGUAGCCGCUACUGGGCCGCACCCUCGUUGUUGAUGUGCACCACUGUGACACGAACGCACGUACCUGCCCGUCCCACGGCCGCCGCGCCGCACCGCGCCCCUCCGCGAGCGCCCGUCGGGGGCGGCUCGCGCUGAACGGCCAGGGCACUCAGCGCGGCUGGCUCCGUUCCCUCGGCGUCGGCUCCCGGGAGGGCGAGUCAGCCGCUGCCGGUGUCGCACAGCCGUCGUGUUCUCAAUGUGCUCGCACCGCGCCGCCGGCGCGCGCGGCGCCAGCCGCCUCUCCACGUCACACCAACCUGACCUCUGUCCUCCCCUCCAUCUGCCCCCGGGCUGUAAACACGCUUACACUGGCCCCCUGUUGGUCGGUCCGGGUCCGCUGAGCGCGCGCCACCCGCUGCCAGUGGGUGGGCACCCGCUAGAAGUGGGUAUGGACAGACCCCUCCGGCGUUGCACCGUCGCUAACUGAACUCUGGGUGUGGAGCUUUGGCUGCCAUGCGCUGCGGGACUCAGUGACACACCUGACUAGCUGACGACUGACGGAGAGCGUCGUAUGUUCAUCCCGCAGACCGCCUCGAGAGUUUGCACGUUUGUUUCAGCGACCACACCACAGCACGUGAUGCGCUUGGCUUACCGGUGCCUCCCCCCCCC